AUGCGGCGCCCUCCCUCCCUCCUCCCGCCCGCCGGCAGCAUGAGCCCGUCCUUCCUCCUCCUCCUCCUCCUCCUCGCCCUGCCCGCCCGCGCCCGGCGAGAGCAGGUGCCCGGCGGGGCGCAGCGGGGCCGCAACGCCCCCGCGUCUUCCUCCUCCUCCUCUGCCUCCUCCCCGGCGGCGGCGGCGGGGCCGAGCCGCUUCCCGCGGAGCCGCCCGGAUCGGCGGCGGGGCCGGCUGUACUGCCGGGUGGGCAUCGGCUUCCACCUCCAGCUGCACCCCGACGGCCGCGUGGACGGCGCCCACGACGCGAGUCCGCUCAGUAUUUUGGAAAUAUUUGCUGUGUCUCAGGGGAUUGUAGGAAUACGAGGAGUUUUCAGCAACAAAUUUUUAGCGAUGUCAAAAAAAGGAAAACUCCAUGCAAGUGCCCGCUUCACGGUGGACUGCCAUUUCCGGGAGCGCUUCCAGGAGAACAGCUACAACACCUACGCCUCGGCCGUGCACCGCAGCCCUCGCUCGGGCCGCCAGUGGUACGUGGCCCUCAACAAGCGGGGCAAAGCCAAGCGGGGCUGCAGCCCCCGCGCCCGGCCCCAGCAUGUCUCCACGCACUUCCUGCCCCGCUUCUGGCAGCCGCAGCCCCCCGAGCUCGCCUUCACCGUCGCCCUCCCCGAGAAGAAACCCCCGCCGCCCAAGCCCAAGGUCGCCCCAUCCCCGCCUCGGAAGAACGCCGGCCCCGUCAAGUACCGGCUGAAGUUCCGCUUCGGGUAGUGCCGCGGCGGGGAUGCUGGCGCCGGAGAGACCGGGCACCGGGGAGCUCUCGGGGGUGACCCCGCGGGAGAUCCGUGUCUCCCUCUGCAGACGGACACGGGGAAGCUCCCGGGUGGCCGUGCCGGGCUCGAGGUCUUCUCUUCACCGCGCAGGCUGGGCGGCGACCCCGGAGGCGUGCGCCGGCAAUGAGCGGCUCGGGCUUGCCAAAGAGAAUUCCUGUGGCGAACUGAAAGCACUGGACGGACCUCGGGUUAGCGUUCUGUUGUUGGAAGAAGUAGAAAGGUACCUCUACAGCGAACAUAUUUUCUUACCUUAUUUUCACUAGUGACUCCUUUGACAAUCAUUUUCACACGAGAGAGAUGUUUAGAGCCAAGCUGUUUUGUUUGUUUUUCUUGCAUCUCCUUCUUGCUGCACUUUUUCCUCCUACCAUACCUCAGGCACCGUAUAUCCAGGUCUGUCCCUUUCCCUUCUCUUGGAAGCCAGCUCUUCCCUUCCACAAAUUAAACCCAGAGACCAAGCCCUGCAAACUCUGUCGCCUUAUCUGUGGUGCAAAGUGGUCUUCAAACCCUUUUUUGGCAAUAAUAGAUGUGUGCAUAUAUUUUGUCAGGGUCGCAGGCUGGGUGAGGAUGGCUGUUUGCAGCCUGCUCCUGGUGGUCUCUCCCGUUCUUCCCUCGACAGCUGGAGGAGCGAGUCUCUUCCUCUCCAUCCAAGUGCGGAUUCGAUGCCUGCUUUAAAAUACCUCUGACCCGGUGCCGGGGCAUUCCUGCUCCCUGGAGGAGUCCCCCCGCAGGUAUCCCCACAGGAUAGAGAUGCCUGUGGCCCCCAGGUGCCCACCGGUUUCGUCCAACAGUUUUUGCUGCUGAUUUAUUUUAUCACUCUCAAUACAUUUGCAGAGGCAGGGAGCAAGGUGUUUUUUUUUUUUU